AUGGACGGUUUGCGCGAUAACUCACGCCCGCCUUUUCACGGCAUCGACAGCCCCUCGCCGUCCGAAUUCCGCGUGAGUUCCAACCGGCGACGGCGCCGCUCCGCGUCUCCACGCCCUUGGCCGCAACGCUCCGCUGACACUUCGCAUGCACCGUACCGGCGGCCGAGCCCGUCACCGCGCAGAGAGCGGCACCGCGAGCACCACCACCGGCGUGAGCGCAGCCGCAGCCCUCGCCUCGAGUCGGCACGCAAAGCUGGUUCGCCAUCUGCCAAGUGGUCUCGGUUCGAAGCCGGCUCUUCGUCUUCGAGCGUGCUGGCUCCGCCUCUGAUGGAUGAUGGCAGCACGACCCCUGACUGCCCUGACAGUCCCAUAUACUGUUACGAGGAUGAUCAAAGGAUAAGAUUUGGGCAAUACGGCGUCUCUGAUGGUUCAGGGAUCACUGACAGGGAACCAGACGGCAAACAGGAAGAUCAUUCAUAUAAUGCCCUGGUAGAUGACUUUAUGGGUGCUGUGGUGGAGAACUGGGGUGAGCCAGCCAACUUCGAUCAAGCCGCGCGUGAAGAGCGUUACCAAAAGCAGACGAAGAGAUUUGCUGAGUUAGCUCUGAAAUGUUACAACAAAAACAAAAACAAUAAGGUUAAGUAUUCACUUGUUGAGGCAAUAGAUGGAGCAAUAUUUUAUGAGCGAUCUUACGAUUACGCCCAUGUGAACUUCUAUGCUAAUGCUAAGAAUGGCCCAAAGAAGAACAAUCCUAAAGUGCUUGUUUUUGCUGAGCUCAAACAUGUUGGACGGCGAGUUAACGCAAUGGCUCUAACGUCUUUCCAUUUUCUUGAUGAGAAGAAACAAACCACUGGACGUCGUGAUGUUGCGCGGAGCUCGCGCGUGAUUUGGGAUAUAUAUCAUUGCUAUGUUUGUACCAAUGAUAUCAAGCACCCCGAGGGAUCAAGGUAUAAAGCAGGCCACUUUGCUGCCGUAUCAUAUUACUUUGAGGAUUAG